ACCGAAACACCUUACGAAGUACAUGUAAUAAUUUCCUGGAAAGGAUUAUCUCCCUUUCCCCUUCGCCUCAGCCAUGGAGACGCUAUUAUACAGAACGGCAACUUUUCCAACUCCAAAACAUAGAGUGUUUUCCCACCGUAUCCAAAAUAAAAGCUUGUUUAUUGCAAGUGGUAGUCACUCUUUUUCUGCAAGGCCAUUAUUUCCUUCACUGGGACUGAGAAAAUCGGUGAUAGUUGAUGCCAAAAAGAGCAACAAAAACAAUAAUAACAAGAAGAAUAAACAAGACACUCAUAGCUUUGUAGCCAAACCAGAUGAAGCCAUUGGGCCUUUCCCUGAAGCUAUUUUGCUUAAAGAGAAGAAAGCGCAGGAGGAUGGUAGAGUUCUGCCUGAGUUUGCUGAUGCUGAAGAAGAGAAGCUCUUUGAAUUUUUGAACCUUGAGCUGCAGAGUGAAUUGAAAGUGGAGCGAUUGCGCCAUUAUGAAGUGGUGUAUCUAAUCCAUGAGAAGCACGAUGAAGAGGUUGGCAGUGUGAAUGAGAAAGUUCAAGAUUUUGUGAGGGAGAAGAAAGGCAGGAUAUGGAGAUUCAAUGAUUGGGGCAUGCGAAGGUUAGCAUACAAAAUACAGAAAGCCAAAAAUGCUCACUACAUCUUGAUGAACUUUGAGUUGGAAGCCAGAUGGAUCAAUGACUUUAAGAACAUGUUAGACAAAGAUGAAAGAGUCAUCCGGCACCUCGUGAUAAAGAGGGAUGAAGCAAUCACAGAGGAUUGCCCACCUCCACCUGAG